AUGAAAUUAUUUAGUGAACGGAAAUCCUAUAGAGUUUCGAAAGCGUGUAAACGCUCUGAUGUGAAAGUCUCUAGUGAAUUGGCUAACGAUUUCGUGCAACAAAGUGAUGCAGCAAACAUUGAUGAUACAAGCACAUUGGGUUUCUUAAAAUCAAAAUUAGUUGCAUUUUUUAGUGAACGGAAGUUCUAUCGAGUUUCGCAGACGCCAAGACGUUCUGAUUUGACAGUCUCUAGUGAAGUGGCUAAUGAUUUCGUGCGACAAAGUGAUGCCGAAAACAUUGAUGACUCAAGCACAUUCGGUUUCUUAAAAUCAAAAUUUGUUGCAUUAUUUGGUGAACGGAAGUCGUGUCGAGUUUCGCAGACGCAUAAACGUUCUAACUCAACAGUCUCUAGUGAAGUGGCUAAUAAUUUCGUGCGACAAAGCGAUGCAGUAAUCAUUGAUGACUCAAGCGCAUUGAGUUCCCCAAAAUCAACGCGUAAACACUCUGGCUCUACAGUCUGUAGUGAAUUGGCUAACGAUUUCGUGCAACAAAGAGAUACGGCAAACAUUGAUGACUCAAGCACAUUGGGUCCCUUAAAAUCAACCAUUCCAAUGAAUGAUUUUAAAUCUGGAAUGAAUAUUUUCGUAAAAGAUUCAAAAAAUCUAAAAAUUGGCGACCAUAAUACAUAUAUCUACAACAACUACUUCUCGAAAGUUAAGUAUAAUCUCGAAAUAAAUGUUCAAGCUAAAAUUGAUAAAGUUUAUUUUUAUAUUCGUAGAUAACCAUGGUGUUGGGGAUUAAUGUUUUUGAUUAUGAUUUUAUGUACUUCUGUUAACACCAUUCUUAUAGUAAUACUAUCAAGGACAUCGAUUGUCCAACGAAGAGAUGAUUGGGGUGCACGUCCGCCAUUAAGAGAAAUGGAGCCUUUACACCUUCCUGUCUCUAAAAUCAUCGUGACGCAUACUAAUGACACCGAAAGUUGCUUCUCACAACAAGAAUGUAUGGAAGAUGUUAGAAAGCUACAGGAAUACUAUCAAGAACAAAACAUAACUGACAUUCCAUAUAACUUUUUAAUUGGUGGUGAUGGAAUUGUUUACGAAGGUAGAGGCUUACCAUAUCAAGGAGAGAUUCUUAUCAACCCUUCGCAGUCUUCAUACGACAACGUUUUGAAAGAUGGAUUAUUGAUUGCAUUUAUUGGAAAAUUUGUUGAAAUUGAACCAAGUGCAAUUCAAGCCAAUGCUUUUCAUACUUUUCUGGAUCAUUUGGUUAGUAGCGAAGGAUUAAUUUCGAAUUUUACGAUUUUGGCUGAGUAUCAACUUGUUCUAAACGAGAUGAUACCGGAAGGAUUGGUGAAAAUCCUAAGGGAGAAUAAAGAGUUUUACGAAUAAUCAAGAGUAUUCGAAGGUCGUGGAUGGGAUACCGCACCGCAACGCUUCAUCUCCGAAGAAAAACUUGAAGGUUGGAAUGGUAUUAUAAUCGGAAUUUUUGAUGAAACAAUGGAAGAAAGUACUAGCAAUAUACUUGAAAAACUAUUUGACGAUGGAGUUUUUCUUGAAAAAGUCCAAGAAAAUGGAACGAGGGGAGGAAUUAAUUUAUGCUUUCCUUACUGUUGCUGUGAAAACGAGUUGUGUUGGGAUGGUUUGUUCCAAAGUCGAGAUGAUUGGGGUGCACGUCCGCCAUUAAGAGAAAUGGAGCCUUUGCACCUUCCCGUCUCUGAAAUCAUCGCACUGCGAAAUUACGGAUACUUCAACCCUUGCUUCUCACAACAAGAUUGUACGGAAUAUGUUAGAGAACUACAGGAAUUCUAUCAACUAGAAAACAUAACUGACAUUGCGUAUAACUUUUUAAUUGGAAGUGAUGGAAUUGUUUACGAGGGUAGAGGCUUGCCAUAUCAAGGAGAGAUUCCAUUCUACUCUUAUUAUCCUUAUUACGAGACCGUUUCGAAAGAUGGAUUAUGGAUUGGAUUUAUUGAUUUCAGUUGCGACCAUAAAGUAGUUGAAGUCAAUAUUGCAUUUAACACUUUUAUGAAUCAUUUG